AUGUCUUCUUACUUUGCCCUAACAGCAUUUCAUCCGAACUUGGACAGCUACGUAUUCUGUCAAGUCAAUACGCGAGUUGAUGGCAUCGAAGUGGCUGAUAACGCAUCCGGCGAACGGAUGUGAGUCUAUUCCUGACCUUCAAGUUUAAAGUUCCCAACGGCUUUGCGUUCCUGUUAGAAUCGUUGUAUUGGGUGGGGCCGCGACAGGCAGGCAAGUAUCGUACGAGGCAAAAAGCGACCCUUUAUAGGGGAAAGGGGCCUGUAGAAAAAGGCUACCAUCGUUUCUUUAGUUAGUCGUUGAUCACAGAAUUUCGUGCUUUUCUAACACCCACACCAGUCAGCACAUGGUAUCCUUGAAAAGCGCUCCCCAAGAGAAGCCGAAGUACUUAUGUGGAUCAAUAUGCAAUUGAGAUCGCACAUGGUAGCUAUUUCUGGUUACGCUUGGUCAGCUUGCAUCGACCUAACACGCAGAGCGCAGUGUUUUUAUGCGAAAAUUAGAUUUCUUUCUUCCCAGCAACUCGCACAGUACGUUGGGAUUCGUAAAACCCUGGUUUCCUAGAUUUUGGCAGCAGUUUUUCUUACUUUGCUGUUGGCAACUGUCUGCUGUGGAUUUUGCAGAUUCUGUAAUUUCUAAUACUUAUUUCGUUUUUACUCGAAGUGCUCCUAGGUCUUAUAUGCCAUUAUUGACUAAAAUCCACUUCUUGUUGUCCAUACUGCAUGAAAACGCUGCAGAUCUUGUAACUUCUCAAGGCACGGAAAAUUUCACUCUUCAGUCUCGACACCAACUUAACUGAUGACUUCAGUAGUCAGUAUCACGCACGCUUUUAAAGAAUGUGCGUUUUAUCUAUCAGCUAACGCUCUUCGGCCUUUCGUGCCAUGCGUAAAGUCCGGUUGAGCGCGUGUCCGACUUCUACGUCUGCUGCAUAGUGGCAUAAUGUCACCGUCGGGAAUGCAUUAUCUGACUCGUUCCCCAUUGAGUCUUAUUUCACAGACCAGUAUGUCUUCGUUCCCCGUAACCUCUAGGGUUCUUCAUGCAACGAACCUGUACUUGCUAGAGGACAAGGAUACACACCAUUGAAGGGUCGUUCCACUUAAACCUCUGUAGCAUCGGAACUCACUUUUUCCGCAUACGUGUUUCCAUACCUGCAUCAUACCCUUGGUUUGUGUAAUUCUUUGCAGAGCGAUGACGCUGAUGCCGGGCGAGAUUCACCUUCUCCCCUACAGAUGUGUCCGAAGCCACAUUGAGGACAGGUCACUUUCCUUGCGCUAG